CCUCCCUCCCCCUGUCUCUCCUCUUCCUCCUUCUCCUCCUCCCCCACUGACAGGCCGCUGGAGUCUCCGGAUUUCGGAGCACAAGGACACACUCUUCGUCCUUCGGAGGCUCCCUCCACUCUCUCCCUCCAACACUUUUUCUGUGGAGUGGGCUCCUGUCUCUCCUCCUCCUCCUCCCCCUGUCUCUCCUCCUCCUCCUCCCCCACUGACAGGCCGCUGGAGUCUCCGGAAUUCGGAGGACAAGAACAAACUCGUCUUCAUCCUUCGGAGGCUCCCUCCACUCUCUCCCUCCAACACUUUUUCUGUGGAGUGGGCUUCUGACCAACCGGCAGGAGCCGCUCCAGUGAAUGUUAAUAACCCCUCUGCCCUACCUCCGCAGCCCCAGCAGCCGGCUGCCAAGCCUCGUGCAAAGGCAGUGGGUCCGGUUCCAAAGUGGGUCAGGAACCUUCGGGCCCUCAUAAAGUUGAGGAACGGGCAACGCCGCCCCCCAAGGUAAGAUCCCUGCUGGACCUUCUGCCAGGGCUACCCCCAGGUAGCCUCAUUAACUUUCAUUUUAGUUAAAUUUAUUACUAGUUUAAUUUGAAAUAUUUUAGCAAUGUGUGAUUUCCUGGAUGUGAUCGAUCAGAUUUUAUUGGAAUGAGUCUGUUGUGAUUAUGUCUGAUCAGAUCUACUCCAGAUUUAUUUGAAUUUAAUUUGAAACCUUUUAGCAAUGUGUGAUUUCCUGGAUGUGAUCGAUCAGAUUUUAUUGGAAUGAGUCUGUUGUGAUUAUGUCUGAUCAGAUCUACUCCAGAUUUAUUUGAAUUAAUUGUCUUAGACUGGGUUUUGUGUGAUUCUUUGAGCUCGGUUCUUGUCAGUGGGACUCUGGUCAGGGUGCCUGUAAGAGGUGUGAGUGGAUCUGGGGGGGAUGGUGUGAAACAUCCAGCGGUCCCCCCCUUACAGUGAAGCUCCACUGAAAGGUGAACAGGAUGCAGACAUCAUGUCACGGAGGAGGAACAUGUGUCUGUAUCCCACCCUGGACCCUCACUGGAGUCUACAGCCACAAUGUUAGUGCGGCUGGAUGAACCCGAGCAAAGAGCACACGGGAAGACAAGACUGAAGCUAAAUUGAGAGUUUUAAUGUGUCAAAGGGAGGGAUCUGUUGACGGAGGAAACGGAGGGAAACUGGGAAGGGAGAGACGGAGACUGGAGACCAGCGGCUGAGCAGACAGGUGGAGUGGGGCGGUGAGGCGGCAGAGAAUGGGCAGAAGGGUUAGAUCCUUUGGCGGGUGGGUUUGCCAAUCGUUCCAGGGGGCCAGUGUACACACGGAGAUCUCCACAGCAGAGGGGGUUCCACGAGGACCAAAAAGGAGGCAGAGCAGGAGAGAUCUGGGCAGCAACAGCAUCGAACUAGGCACAGGAGAACACGGAGAGGGAGAGCGAGUGGGAGAGAGAAAGGAUCAGGUGGAGACAGAGGUCCUGAUACACAAAGAUCAGAGUUCAGGGAGUCACACUGGGAUAUAAGGGGUGGGGGGUUAAAUGUGUUAUUUAAAAUCAGGGUGAAGGUCUCGCCGCCUGAGGGAAGUCUCCAGAAAAAAAGGUAAGAAGUCAGUCAGGAUCCUGUGAAUGCUGCUGCAUGAGAAGGUGAGUUUGGGAUUUGUAUUUUUCAUCCAUGCAUCUCAUAUUUUGACAUCUCAACAAUGACAACGCCUCGACGAGAUUCUGCCGCGUUUUUCUUUUUGGUUUCUUUCAGGCGGACGACCCCGGGACCCAAGAUAGAGACGAGGACGACCCCAAGAGACGACAAAAGACGAGACAGCGAAGACGAGCGACCGAACCCCGACAGAGAAGAAGCCAGAGACGACGACCGGCCAGUGAGGAGAAGGAACGACUUUACUGAGACUUUACUGGAUGCGCUGGUGCUUCAGAGAUGAUGGGAGGCAGAUCCAGGACCAGUGCAUGACUCAUGACACCAUUCAAUUAACACAAGAGCUCUCUCUCCAAGACCACCAGACUAAUAAAAGAUCAAAUCAAGAAACAAGACCAGGACCAGCCCAUGAUGUGGAAGAGGGGAUGAUUAUUAUAGUGACACAGAAGGAGGAAGUCAGAACACCCAGAGAAAAACCAUGCAGUCCCAGAGAGAUCAUGAACAGAAAGAAUGAACUGAGCAGCAGAAGACAAAGAAAGAGUUGGAGGAGCCCCAAGAUGACGGAUCAGCGACAGAAGAACCAGGACGGGAAGAUGAAGAAGAUAAAGACCAGUCCAAACAAAGAAGAAGAUGAACUCCUCCAGAUAUCACCAAAGGUUUCUCUGAAUCUUGGAGCUCCAUGUGUCUGAUCCGCUGUUUUUGGCCUCAGCGACCUCCAAAGCCUUCAACUUCUCUCCCUCCUCUUUACCCUCAAACCAACCAGAGUUUUGCUUUUAUUUUUCUUCCCAGAGGGAAGUUUUUUUUGCCUUACCCCAACUGGAGGUUUUUUUCAACUUCCUGGCAACAGGAAGUUUUUUUCCUCCAGAUGGGCUUGAUUUGAUCACACUACAAAAAGAGAGAGCCUCAAAUAAAAAACAAAACAACACAACAGAACUGCAUCUGUUUAAAAGUGUAACAUGACGGACCCUUCAUUUAAUAUUUGUUUUUGGAGAACAUAUUUUAUGGCUACAAAACAAUGUUAGUCUGAAUCAGAAAGCCUUUAUUGCCAAGUGAGUACACACAGGGAAUUUGAUUUGGUGCCUGGCAACAACAACAGACAGUAAGUCUGAAAAACGUGGUUUCAAGCCACUGGUUUCUCAAAAACGCCUGGACUCCAUCUUAAAACUGCACAGCAUUGGAACAUACUGCUGGUUGUGUGAUUACUUGGGGUUAAUACACGAGGUAGUAAAUUUGCUAAAUGCACAAAUGCUGCUUACAGUGGUAUUAACAGAUUGUACUAAUUUAAAACUACACUACAAAUUCUGUAGGGUUUCUAUUAGAGUACUUUUACAUAUUUCUCACAAUGGCCUUCACAAGUUAAAACAAGUCUGAGGGAUAUUUAUUCAGGUGAAUUUUUUGCCUGAAAUAACAAUAAUGAACAAUAAUUAGAUAACCGUUUAUGUGGCUGACGUUGAUAUUUUAAUAGACUGGACUGACAGAAUUGUGUAUCCACCAGUUUGAUUCUCUGUCUAAUUUAAAGUCGGAUUCAUGCUUUAAUUGAUGGAAAAAUGAAUUUAAAUUGAAGUAACUGACUGAAAUUAGCCUAAUAAUUACAGGACAUCAAUAAUUACGCCGCCUUUAUACAACCUCCACCUUGCUCAUGAGCAAAUAUGUAUUUACAAACAUUUAAAAAUGGAGUUUGCACCAGAAAAACAAGCUCUGUUUUCAAUUCAUGCAGUAUUUUGUUUAACGAUCUUGACUACAGUAACUGAAAAUGUCACUGAUGGAACAAAUCUGAUAUUGAAGUGAAUCAUUUUAAAGGUGGCGCAGAAACACUGGCAGCUGUGAAGGUUUUUGAGUUUUACUGGUAAUCAUUUUUAAUGUUCAGUGUUCUAUACAUCAGAAUGAAUAUACCAAAACAAGAGUGCAAUGGCUUCAACAUUAUUUUUCUGUGGCAGGUAGCUGAUAGUAACAUAUAGUACAAAUACUAUACCUGAUACUGAUUGUUUAGGCCCAAACAGAAAUGCUUCUCAGAACAAGGAAAAAAAAAACUUAUUUCAAGGAACUUUUACUUUGAAAUAAGUGAAAAAAAUCUGGCAAUAGAACAAGUGAAAAAUGGUUUGGUAAGAUUUCUUGAAAUAAGAUAUGAUGCUUAGAAUAUUGAGAUCUCACAAUUAUCUGGGAAAACUUGUUUUAAUCUAUAUUUUAUCAGGAUUGUCAAACUUAGGUGUCUUAAAAUAAUAGCAAUUUUUCACUCAAAAAUAGAUUUCCGCUGUCAUGUAACCUCCUAAUUUGAGAUGUUUCAACUGUAAGAAUUUUCCAAAGACCUCUGGAAUUUCAGAGAUGAAACUCAGCUGAGUCAGAACUCUUUUCUCUACAGCAAGAUUGGGACAGUGUAUUUCUAUGUGUUUUAUUCACAGGAGAAGGACAUUCAGAUCCUUCACUUGAGGAUGGAGCUCCUGUAAUCAUUUCCUGCACCUGGAAGAACCUGUUCUUUUUGAAGACAAUGACUAUCACUUUAUGCUUAAAUAUUUUGUUGGACAAAAACCUUAUUUUUGCUCUAACCAAAUUCCUCUCCCCUCUCAGGAAUGCACUCUCAGAGACAUCGCUGCCUUCCACCAGAUCAGAUAACAAGCCAUAAAAACUUUUAUGACCCUGCUACAGGAGAGACUGGUACAGAGGAAGAGCCACAUUCUCUUCAACUGAACUGAAACAAAAGAACACAGAUUAAUAUUUCUGAUAUGUAUUUUGUUCUUUCAGCUUUACCAAAAUUUCUGACAGUGUUUCAUCGUUAACAUAUCCGAAAAUCAUGAUUCUAUCUUUCACAGAAGUGGAUUUAUUAAUUUGUGAGAUUGAAUCUGAUUUCUCCCUUUUUAUUUUCUUAUCUAGGUUGAAAGAAUGAAUCCCUGUGUUUAUUCUUUCUCAUAUGUAUGACUUGUUAUAUUUGUACUGUGACAUAUAUAGUUUAAUGUCCUAAACAUAAACAUGUAGUUAUGGAUGAAAUAAUUAACAUAAUUCUAUACACGUGUUUCACUUUCACACAACAGAAUAUGGUGAAGGAAUAGACAGAUCGCGUUUUAAUCAUUUAGUAUCCCAAUGUUUUAAUUCCUUCUGGAGUAGUUUUCCAUCUCUCUCCAUCUCUCCUCUUUGAGAACAAAGAGAGUCGUAUUACCACCCAGAGAUUCGCUGUAACUGCCUCUCAUCAGCAGUUUUAGUUUAUGGCGUGCGGAACUAAUUGCCGCCAUACCUUUGUUUCCGUCCAUGUUUUGAUUAGCGCAACACCAAUGGCCUGACGCGCCAGGAAACAAAGAAAAAAAAAAGUCCGCCACAGAAGCAAACUGAAGAAAAAAGCAGACUAAGAGUAAAGAUUAACAGGUGAACAUAAAAGACAAACCAAGACAAGGACAAGAUAAGACAAAGAGGAAGAUUUAGACCCUCACUAGAGCAAGGCAGCCUACGAGGUAAAUUUAUAGAUUGUUCUUUUAUGACGUGCGUAAGUGUUAAUGUAAGCUGUUAAUAUUGUAGUGCGGGAAAUGUGUAUGCUAAUCUGUGAUGUUCUGAUUGUGAUGUGCUGUAGCUGAGUUGUACAUACUUGCAUUCCUUUUUAUUUAUACUCUUUAUUUUUUCCUCUUAAACCCAGUUCUCACGGGUUUCUAAGGAUCAAGUAAACUCAGUUUUAAACUAAAGACCUCGUGCCUCAUGCCUGUUUCUGGGAGAGUGCUACAGUGAGAACUCGACUGCUUCGAGCACGAGCAGACGAGGACCGCAGUGCCAGAAGACAGAGAGCCAGGGAGAGAGGAGAUGACUUCCUGUCCUAGCCUCUAAUAACAUCGCCUACACCGCUACUCAAGAAGCUUCAGUCUCCCUGAAGGUCCAGGUGCCACAUUGGGAAUUAGAACUGCAAUAAGGAACAGGAAAAGAAUAAAUUUGUAUUAUAUUUCCUUUAUUGAUCCUUAUUCACUUUGUUGUUGUUGACUUUCAUUGAGGAUAAUACUGCUCUGACCUUGAUAUUGUGUUCAUGAAUAGGGUACUGUAAAUAUUAUCAAUAUUUGUAGUAUCAAGAUUAAGUCAGCAUAUAAUUUACUGCAUCUAAGGUGAAUUAACUUUACUUAAGUAACUAUUCAAAAAGGUCCAUAUCAUAGGGUGACCAUAUUCUGUUUCUCUGAAAAGAGGACACACUUCCAGCUCGCACGCGAAAAAUUUUCAGUCCCCCCCCCCCCCCCCCCCCCCAUUUUUAGGGGUUUUCCAUGGGUCAGGGGGCUUUGUGCUUCAAACUCAGUUAAACAGAUAUUCUGAAUUUCCCAGAAAAGAACACUUUACCUGGAUAUACAGAAAAAUAGCCCAAAACACUCACAAACAGUUGCUUUAUAAAUAAUAUAUUCAUUAAUUUAAAGCAAUUCUCCUAAACAAUAUAAUCAGUCACAUACAAAUAUGGCAUGCUCCAGUCUUUAAUAGUUAUUGACUCAAGUUGUGUAGGAACACAUGUAUUCAGAUGUUUAACAAAAUAAGAAAUAAUCAUCUCUCUUAAGUCUGACACUUACACCUUAGUUAGGAAAAGUGAGGUAGAGUACCAUUCUUCAAAAUAACCUUCCAAUUAUCAAUUAUGUAAAAAUAGAAAUAAUGCCUCAAAAUAUUAAACAAAAAGAAAAAAGAGAGGUAGCCUAUUCUUCAAUGUUCAGUUAGGCCAUUCUUCAAAAUAAUGUGUCUAAUGGCAAAUGAAAAAAAUAUAGAAAUAAUGCCUCAAGUCAACAGUCCUUUUUUCCUUCUUUUUCCUUCUCUUAUUAGCUACAGAGACAUAAGUCCCAGCUUUGCAGACUGUACAUUCUGCCUCCCAUUUGACACGACCCGGACGAAAACAGGGGUACUUUUUUCGCAUUUCAUCAGUGAAAUGACAUUUGCGUUUCGGUAUUUUCUUUCGGUUCGAGUGUUCUCUCGCAGUGUGCCUACCUGCCUGUCAGCCUGCGAGGAGUGAGUGAGUGAGUGUGGAGCGUUCCGGGGUUCGGCUCAAACUCCGCCUCUCAGGGCGUGUUUCCAAAAGAACCAUUCAACGUGAAUGGUAACCGGCUCAUUAAUAUUUAUGUCCGUCGGAUUACCAGCCAAUCACGAAGCGCGUUCAUCAGCCGGCUCAUUAAUAUUUAUGUCCGGCUCAUUAAUAUUUAUGAAAAGGGAAAGUGCCGUAUCCGUAGGCCACAGGCUACGGGUAUGGGUCCGUAUCUGUAGACACUACCAUGAUAAAUACUCUGGUCUGUGACGCGCUCAAGCUAGGCAAGAUCAAAAACCCGGACAUUUGAAGGACUUUAUAAACCCCGGCCGGACAGCCCGGACAGCCUCUCAAAAGAGGACAUGUCCGGGCAAAAGAGGACGUAUGGUCACCCUACCAUAUCAGUGUUCAUGUUGUUUCGUUGUUACCUCUGGCGAUUUAAAGGUUAAAUCAGAAGUUUCAUGUGACUAUAACAAAUCGGUUUAAUACCACAAUUUUCACAGUCAACGUAUUUCCUUUAACAAUAAUCAACUAAGCUUUGUUGUCUUUGCUCAACGUAAGUAUCACAGUAUGAGGCAAUUCCUCAACUGUAAGAAAUAGUUAAUUGUAAUAAUAAUAAAAAGAGGGUAAAAUAAAAAAAAAAGGUUCACGUAAACCAGCAAUGUCAGAGUUUGAGUUUUCUCCUGAAACUGGUGAAGAUGGUGAUGACAAGCAGCAAUGUAGCACAAGUGAGCAACCACAAGCAACUAAAGGCAAAGGAGCUGAUAGUCCAACAGCACAAGAGCUGCAAAGGGUACAACGAACACGCAAGUUGACAGAGCGGGGUCAAGAGCUGCAUGAUGAGCAAGUGAGAAGAUUUGCAAAUCGCUUCACUGUGUGCUAUGACAAGUGGAAGGCUAUUGCAAAGGAUGCCAAGCAGGCACUGCAUGAACAAUGCUCAAGGGACCAGUUGCAUGAACACAUCACAAAGGUAACUCAGGCCUCACGUAAUCCGAAUGUUGUUUAUGACGAUUUAAGACGCCAUGACAUUCCUCACAAUGACACACGUCGCAGAGUGGACACCUGUGAAGCGGUAACAAGGACCAUCAUUGAGACUGCAAAAAGACAUUUGAACACAGAAAAGCGUGAUGAAGAUGUGAAAGAGACAGAAUCUGUAUUUAAGUCUCCAUCCUCAGACAAAUCAAGUAUCAGAUCUCACAACACUAAGUCAUCUGCUCAUUCUGGAAGUCGCUCAAGGAUCACAUCCAGACAUUCAAGCCUGUCGUCCGCCAGAAGACAAGAUGCAGCUGCUGAAGUCGCCGCCAGUGAGGCAACUUUAGAGGUGCUUCUGGAACAAGAAGGUCACAUUAAGGAAAUUCAAAGACUUGAAGCUGAAGCUGCCGAUCUACGAGCAAAACAAGAGGCUGAAAACGCUGAAAGAGAAAGAGUAUUAGAAGCGAAGCGCAGACAGUUAGAGCGGUUGGAAACAAUUAAGAACAUAAAAGCUGCUAAAGCAAGACAGCAAGUAUAUGAGCAGAGUAUAUGUUCAGAGGAAGAAAUAGAUGAGUUACUCCAUGAGCAUGUCCCUGUAAUAAAAAGAGAGGAAAUAAAACAUAAAGAUAACCUACCACAACAUCGCUUCCCACCUCAAGAUUUAACAUCUCUAAGACAAGAAGACAGCACAACAGCUCUUGUUAGAGCUUUUGCAGAAUCCAUCAGCGCAAGUCGCCUUCCUGUACCUGAGCCGACAACUUUCAGCGGUGAUCCACUCCAAUUCAAUGACUGGAAGGUUUCCUUUCAAACCCUCAUAGACAGGAAAAACAUACCUGCUGAAGAGAAGAUCUAUUAUCUGCGAAAAUACAUCGAUGGACCUGCCAAGAAGGCCAUAGAGAGCUACUUCCUGCUGAGUACAGAGUCAGCCUAUAAUGCAGCAUGGACUAUUCUGCAGGAGAGAUAUGGCAAUCCAUUCCUUAUUGCCAAGGCCUUCAGAGACAAGCUCGACGCUUGGCCAAGGAUAAGUUCUAAAGGCAAUAUCAAACUUCAAGAAUUUGCUGACUUUCUGCGUAGCUGUGAAGCUGCCAUGUCUCAGGUUAGGGGUCUUGAAGUCCUUAACGAUUGCAAUGAAAAUCAGAAGAUGCUUGCUAAACUUCCAGACUGGCUGACCUCAAGAUGGAAUAGAAAGGUCAUAGAAGUGGAAGAACAAAGUCACACCUUUCCAAGUUUCAGUCAGUUCGUGGAGUUCCUCACACGCGAAGCCAAAAUUGCUUGCAAUCCAAUAACAUCUCUCCAUGCUCUAAAACCAAGUGAAAGUGAAAGGACAAAGCUUUCAAAGAACAGAGCUCCUGGAGCAAAGGUGCUAGCAACCAGCUCAAAUGAAAAGGCUGCCACUACCAAUUGUGGAUAUUGUGAGAGGGCAGGUCACAGUCUGCAGGAGUGUCGUAAAUUUAUGGAUGAGACAAUCACUGAGCGAGUAAAGUUUGUUCAAGAAAAGAAAUUAUGCUUCGGAUACCUGAAGUCUGGCCAUCGCUCAAGGGACUGUGACAGCAGAAAUACCUGUGAUAUAUGUGAGAAAAGGCAUCCAACUUGUCUCCACGACAAUUGCACCAAAGAAAAAAGGACAUCAGCUAGAACUGACAGAGUAAGAAACAGUCAUAAGCCAGGAGAAAGAAAUGUGGACAGCCCACAAGACAGAACAGUAAGAACAGCAUAUGAAGCAACAUCUAAUAGAGUCAUCCAGCAUGUUAAAGACACUCACACAUCCUCUAUCAUUCCUGUGUGGGUGUCAGCUGCAAGUGAGCCAAACCGUGAAGUUCUUGUGUAUGCACUCCUUGAUACACGGAGCGACACAACGUUUAUCCUGGAAGAAACAGCAAAGGCAUUACACACAAGAAACGAACCAGUUCACUUAAAGCUCUCCACAAUGUCCUCAAGAAAUGCAGUAGUGUCCUGCAAGAAACUGACUGGUUUACAAGUAAGAGGAUUCUACUCAGAUAGAAUAAUUCCUCUGUCAGUGACCUACUCAAGAGAAUUCAUCCCUGCAAACAGAGACCACAUUCCCACACCGGAAACUGCUAAGGUAUGGCCUCAUCUUGAACACAUUGCAGAUGACAUUGCUCCUCAGCAAAGCUGUGAUGUCGGCCUGCUAAUUGGCUACAAUUGUCCUCAAGCUCUUGUUCCACGACAGGUGGUGUCUGGUGAAGAAAAUCAGCCCUAUGCAUUGAGAACAGACUUGGGCUGGAGUGUGGUUGGUUAUGGGAACCCAUGCAUCAACUAUGGAGACCCUAUAGGAGUCAGUCAUCGGGUAAUUGUGAAGCAAGUGGUUCCAGAUCCUCAGUUCUCUUCAGACCUCACACAUGAAGUGCACUACGUCUGUAGAACACAGAUCAAGGAAUUAGUUUCACCAGCAGAAAUUGUCAGAGUGCUAGAAUCUGACUUUGUUGAAAGAAUGUCAGAAGAUGGAAACAUCUCUCAAGAAGAUGUCAGAUUCCUGGCAAAGAUGAAAGGAGGCAUCAGACUCAAGGAUGAUGGCCAUUUUGAAAUGCCACUUCCAUUCAAGAAUGAAAGACUCAACUUACCAGAUAAUAAGAUAUGUGCCAUCCAUCGUCUCAAGUGCCUAGAAAAAAGCUGAAAAGAAACGAGCAAUACUUCAAAGACUACAAGGCUUUCAUGGAGGAGACCAUAAGUCGUGGGGAUGCAGAAAGAGUCCCAGAUGAAGUCCUCAGGAAAACUCCAGUGUGGUACAUCCCACAUCAUGGGGUGUAUCAUCCACAAAAGCCGGGCAAGAUCUGAGUCGUGUUCGAUUGCUCUGCAAAGUUUCAAGGGACAUCCUUGAAUGGUCAUCUCCUAACUGGCCCGGAGCUGACGAACACCUUGGUUGGCGUCUUGUGUCGUUUCCGCAGAGGUCCGGUGACAAUUAUGUGUGAUAUAGAACGCAUGUUCCACCAAUUUCAUGUAUGUGUGGAUGACCAAGACUACCUACGUUUCCUUUGGUGGGAGAAUGGAAACCUUGAAGCCCAGCCUUCCAUCUAUCGUAUGAAGGUCCAUUUGUUCGGCGCAGCUUCCUCACCUGGUUGCGCCAACUAUGGACUAAAGCACCUUGCUGCUGAAGGACAAGGACGCUUCAGUGAAGACACUAUCAAGUUCAUUCAGACCAACUUCUAUGUUGAUGAUGGCUUGUCAAGUGUGGCAACCCAAAGCCAAGCAAUACAGCUGGUCAAGGAGGCAAGAGAGCUUUGUGGUAUGGGCAAACUUCGACUUCACAAGUUCAUUUCCAACAGCAAGGAAGUUCUUGCCACUAUUCCCAAUGAAGAAUGUGCUGUAGCUCCCAAAGACCUAGAUAUGGCACUCAGUGAGCUACACAUAGAGAGAGCACUUGGCGUGCAGUGGUGUGUGGCAUCAGGUAAGUUCCAGUUCAGAGUGGUCAUUAAGAAGGGUCCACUCACCCGAAGAGGAGUAUUGUCUACAGUAGCUUCAGUGUUCGAUCCACUGGGAUUUGUGGCACCCUUCAUCCUGUUGGGAAAGCAGAUACUACAACAAAUGUGUCGUGACAAGCUCAGUUGGGAUGAUACCUUACCUGAUGACCUUCGACCUCUGUGGGAGUCUUGGCUUCAUGACUUGCCAAACUUGGCUGAUAUAGGGAUCCAGAGAUGCUACAUACCAUUAAACUUCAAGAUACAACACUAUGAGCUCCAUCAUUUCUCUGAUGCCAGUGUGAAGGAUCCCCAUGAUGAAGGAGCAGUGGACUUCACCGGAUGUGCUGACAGCCCUGAGCAUUAAACCCGGCGCCAUUCAGCUGUGACCUCCGUAGACCUGUUGGACCAGGUCCAUUUGGGCGGAACCGAUCUCUUUAUGCAGGACGACUACCACAUUGCCCUCGGGACACACAGCAGCUGAGAAGUCAGGCCUUCCCAAAUCGUUGUGAGAUCUACCAAGGCAUCCUCUGGGUCCCAGCAUCAGACGGUUCCACUUCAGUGACUCCAGCUGAGCUUGCUCUGAUUCCAUUCUAUGGACAGGGACUGAUGACAACAUGGAGAACAACCACACCUUCCUGUACUUUGCUUAUGGUAGUAACCUGCUGAAGGAGCGGCUCCAGCUCAAGAAUCCCUCUGCCACAGUUCACUGUGUGGCCAGGCUCAAGGACUAUAAACUAGUUUUUGGGAACCAUAAAGGCCUUUCCAGUGACCGGUGGCAUGGAGGUGUGGCGACCAUAGAGCACAGCCCAGGAGACGAGGUCUGGGGUGUGGUGUGGAGGAUGAACAUGUCUGAUCUGGAGUCUCUAGACAGUCAAGAGAAUGUGACGUUAGGUGCGUACAGCCCUGUGGAGCUGUCAGUGAAGACAAAAGGUCAGGAGCUCAACUGUCGUACUUACAUAAUGAACAGCUGUGUGUAUGCCCCACCAUCGCCUCAGUACCUACAGGUGAUUGUGAUGGGAGCAGAACAGAACGGCUUGCCGAAGGACUACCAGGAGAAACUGCGAGCAGUCAAGACCAACAUGUAUGAAGGUCCCCUACCCAUGAUGGCCGAACUGGAGCGAAUCAGAAGAAGAGCCAAAGAGAGGGCCAAGCAUCGUUCUGAUGCCUAACCAUCCAGCAGAGUCCUGGUCCACUAUUUACUACAGGAACAUCUUUGUGACACUGUAUCGACCCUCAUGCCGUAGCUUAACAACUUCACCUUAGCUAGCUGGUUUGUCUUAGAGACAAUCUCACUUUCAGCUGCAGGGUCUAUGAGUAAAAAUGUGACCCAUGUCAAUGAUAGAACACAGCAGUGAUGGGUCUGUGGUCCAACUUCAGUUGCCUAUAGAGGUGAACAUAAUAGAUGCCUUUAGACAGAGAUGUGACAGGGACAAAUUAAAGGAAAAACCACUUUGCAUCAAUUCAGCUCCUCUCUGGAACUCUACUGGAGGGCUGAAACACAAUUCUUCCAAAAUUAAUUUCCAGUUUUUGUUUUAAUGGCAAUAGUGGUUCAUCGUCAAACAUGUCGGUCCAAAACCUCACAUAUGUGUUCAGUUGGAUUAAAGGAAGAAAAAAAAAAGUGUUUUUUCAUACAGUAGGUGAACAAUCAGAACAGCUUUGUAUUGAUGGUCACCUUUCCCUCUAAGUGGACAAGUGAAUGGUUUUUCUUUGAAUUUGUCACUGUUUAUAUUUCAGUGCUUCCAGUAACAGUCAAACCAGAGCAAUUCUGAGAACAUCAAAACAAUGAAGUAAUAGAUGUGGAAUUAUGUAGUGGGUAAAAAGAGGUAAACGGAAUAAUUUCUUUGUCUUUUAUAUUCUUUAAAGUAGCCAUCCUUUGCAUUGAUAACAGCUUUGCACACUGUUCAUUCUCUAAACCAUGUCCAUGAGUUUGUCACCUGGAGCUUUUGCAGUUCCCACAUACUGUACAGAGAGCACUUAAGGGCUGCUUUUCUAUGUCUCUACAGUCCAGCUCAUCCCAAAGUAUUUCAGCUGACUCACUGAGGAGGAACGGUUAUCUGAUGUUCUACUUUCUGACCUUUUAACAAAGCCUGGCAUUGGUGAAGAACAAAUGAGGACAACUAGAUGGUUGCUGCAGAAUAUUGUGGUAGCUAGGGUGGUUAAAGCUUUUAGGUGUUAUCACAUUGAACCAAUCUGAAGGUGUGAAGGGAUCAUUCUCAAGGAGAAAAACUUCUAAAUAAGUCAUUUGAUGAACAAAGAUGAGUUUGCAGGGACUUAACCCUCAUGGUGUCCUGCGGGUCAAAAUUGACCCGUUUUAAAGUUUGAAAAUGUGGGGAAAAAAAUAUUUUCACAGUGAAACUUCUGAUGUCCACAUUUUCAACAUUUUUGGGAAAUCUUUGAACAUUUUUUGGUGGAAAAAAGAAAUGUUAAAAAUGUUUCUUAAGAACAUUCACAAAAAAAUCAACCAAAGUCCAGCAAAUUUUGUUGGACUUUGGUUCUGGUUCUGAUAAGUCUGGUUCUGAUAAGUCUCAGACUUGGACUUAUCAGACUAAAGUCCAGAUUUCCAAUGAUCUAUUGUCCAGUUAUUGUGUUUCUCAGUCCACUAGUUCUCUUUCUGUUCUUGGUCUUUGUAGGUGGCACAAGGCACGCCACAGAAGAAUCUGUUUGUAUUCGUGAUUCAUUCAACAUUGACACUGCUCAUCCAGUCACUUCCUGUGUCCUGAUCACAUGGACUGCUCCCUCACAACAGGUCAACAAAACUGCUGCUCAGUUUUUGUCUCUAAUCUUAUGCUCCUAUAACUAGGACCUCCUGCUCUCUUCAUUUGCGCUUUGACUUCUGGGCAGACGUCUCCCCCUCCUGCAGAUGCACCAAAAUCUUCUCCGUGGCAGUAAUGCAAGAGUCUGUCUGAAGAUACCUUGUUAGUCAGGUAUGCACCACUAACUCAGUGUAAAGUAGUUUAAUUCAAGCUAGUAGCUACAAAAGUCUGCAAGCUAACUCUGUAAGCAACAGGAGCAACAAAACAAACCAGUGUCAGUCUGAUUACUCUGUACGGAGUAACCACAUUGAACAGAGCUGCACGUGUUCGAUUCAUGGACUGUAUUAACUGCCCAUGUCAAUGACGGGCAUACCAAGCUAGCACUGAAACAGUGUACAUGGCUUAGCACAGGAGAGCUUAAUGUUGUUAAUGCACCUUUACAGAUUAGAUUAAAUUUAAGGAGUUUACUGUUGUGAUCUCUUUUUGUGGUGAGGUUAUUGGGUAGUUGCUCUACUCUCUGCCACCCUGUCAAAUUUAUUUAUUCAUUUAUUCACACAUAUGUAGCGCCUUGAUGCAAACUAACUUUCUUUUUUCUACACAGAUUGCCUACAUAUACUAUAAUCUGACUGUAAACAUUGACACAUAAACAGAGGACACAUUUAAAAGUCCUGAUUUACAUACUGCAUGUGGUACAUAAGAAAGCAAAGAAUUAUUUCUGCCGUGCACACGACAAGCACACUGACACACACCACACACGCUCUUUUUAGUUCUGUAAUAAGAACAAAUAGUUACUAAUAGAUCACAUUGUAUAUAAUGUUUUGUUUUUGCUUUUUAAAUAAACCUGUGUAAAUAUACAUGCUGCUCUAUUUAAUGUUGCAUCAUUGUGAAUGCUGCCAACAAAACUUUAAAAUCCAUCUAUUUAGCCAUUCAUACUGAAAAUUUGGUUGUAGUUAAUAAUUCAAACAUUAUUUAUCUUCCACAUUUAUCUAAACUUAUGAUUUGCUUUCUAUUCCUUUAACUGAAGGUGGUGUCCUGAUUUUAGAUUAGACUGAAUUGUGGAGACUGGUUUAAUAACCCAGUUGCACCUUUAUUCUCCCUCAUUACUGGUUUCUUUCCAGCAACUGGAACAUGAAGGCCUGAUUCAUAAAUGAUCAUCUCAGAUUAUGCUUUAAGAAAGGAAGUUCUACCACUUAACCUUUGACAAAGCUCAGCUGUUCAUUUAAAAACAUUCCAGGUGACCUCAUGAAGCUGGUUUAACAUCGUGUGCAAAACAGUUUUUGAGGAGAGGCUGCUGUGAGGAAUCUAAAAGAUGAUCGACAUUUUUCUUGGUUUACACCUUUUUGGCUUAAUGCCUGGCUCCCUAUAUGUUAUUUCAUAGUUCUGAUGUCUUCAGUGUUGUUCAGCAAUGUAAUAUAAUUACAAAAAUACAAAAAAUAAAAUAAAAACUUGAAAGA